UUCUUUUCACCGCUAUAGUGCGCCCUUGCCCCUCCGACCAAGCCCCUCCUUUCGGCCUUCUCUGGUGUUGUGCGCGACUUGCCCGUCUGCGGUGCUGCCACUCUUCGCAGUCACAUUUCUGACCGCCAUCAUGGCUGCCACCCAGCAGCUUCCCAUGCAGUCCCGCACCGGUCGCGUGAACCAACGGUACGGUUCUCAGGGUGAGCGACUAGUCGCGGGCGUCGUUCCGCUCUCCACCGACAAAUACUACGUGCUCCUCAUUCAGUCCACACGACGUGGCGGCUGGGUUCUUCCCAAGGGCGGCUGGGAGACCGACGAAGCCACUGCCCAAGAUGCCGCCAAACGUGAGGCCUGGGAAGAGGCCGGCAUCAUCUGCAAAAUCAGUUACGAUCUUGGCAUGAUCCCUGAGAAACGGAGAGCCGACCAGCUCACAGCCACCGCCCCCAAGGCCUCAUACCACUUCUUUGAGGCCGUCGUCGAGAAGCAGGAAGCACAGUGGCCCGAGAUGCACAAGCGGUCGAGGCAGUGGUUCACGUACACCCAGGCACGCGAGGCUCUGGCGCCAAGACCUGAGCUGCUUGAUGCACUCGACAGGUGUACCAUGCACCGGUAGACCGUGCCUCGGUGCUUGCAAGCGUAGCAAUGGACGUUCUGCGCGCAGGCGCCAAGUGAGGAGUACUGGAGCAUACCCCAUUCGGAUCUCGGAGUCCCUUCUUGUCUUGUAAUACCACACAGCGGGUGUCGGAAAAAGCUACGGAGGUAGCGGCUUAGACUUUGGUCUGAUCUCAUUCGC